AUGGAUCGAUUCUCUCCUUUAACUUCUCCCUAUGGUACAACUUUACACUUCGCGGAGAACAAAGACGAAGGCCAGUUUGGCUUCACGACGACCGAGGCCGGGAACUACAUGGCUUGCUUCUGGAUGCACUCCCACGCCGACAAUGUCCCAGCAAGCAUCGAGCUCGACUGGAAGUUUGGAGUCGCAGCGAAAGAUUGGGCCAGCAUUGCCAAGAAAGAAAAACUCGAGAGCUGGGUGAUCUCACAACGUCGAGCUGUGAAUCCUUGCAGGGAAGCCGAGAUGCGCGGCGUGAACGAGACUACGAACGCUCGAGUGGCAUGGUUUAGCAUCAUGUCGCUCUUCCUGUGCCUCAUGGUAGCGGCGUGGCAGCUGUGGCACCUCAAAUCCUACUUCGAGAGGAAAAAAAUCCUCUAG